GUAUUUUCGGGCACUGCGCCCCCACCCCACACCAACCCCCCUUACCCACACACAUCCCCGUUUCCGGUAACCUUUGACCUUGUUUUGGACGCGCGAGUGACCUUGUUGUGUAAAUAAAUGCGGUGAAUUAAGCGCAAAACAGUGACGAAUUGAUUAAGAACAGAGUGAUUUAACCACUGAUUUCCAACAAGAUUUUGGGAUACUUUUUAUACCAGUGAUUAAAAUAAUCGUGAAACCCAACGCUAAUUCCCAUCGAUAAGUGAAAAUUCAGGAAUGGAAUAACGCAGCGGAAAAGAUAAAAAACGUGAUGAUGAAAAGGAAAUGGAAUAAACACAAGAAUAUCUUUGCAAAAAUCGAGUGACUAGAGCUUCCUACAUAGUGUCAGAUUAUACCUCUCAAAACCCGCGAGAAAUACAUGAAUAAAUCACAAUAAAUCACAAUAAAUUACACCAGAUUCGGCCACUUCGACCCAGAGGUUGCAAACGACGGGGCACAAAGAGGAGAUUGAUAAACGAGAAGAGGGAGAGAGAGAAAGACAGAGAGGGAGAGAGAGAGAUAAUACGGAAUUAGAUGCUGAUCGCCGAAGUAUCCGAGAAUUACAUUCGAUAUGGCGUCUUUGCUAUACCUACACCCAAGAGAUAGAUUAGUGGCAGGCGAGGAGGGCGGCCACACGUUCCGCGACCUCUGCGGCCUCAGCGAGGGCGAAGCCGAGGACUCUGAAGGCGGCUGCGGGGACGAGUCCCUCCUCAGAGAGGAUUCCCUGGCAUUCCAGAGCACCCACACGGCCUCGCCUUCCAGCAGCGCCUCCGAAACGCACGACGUCAACAUGAACACCUCUUCCUCCGCCCACGCCGUGGAAUUGGCCGAGGCCGCGGACAGGUUCAUAACCCAGCAGCUGUCGACGGUGCCACUGGAGCUGGACGUCAGGCUGUCGGGUACAGGGGUCGGUAUGGGCAUCUGGACGAAACAAAGCAUCCUCAGGGGCACGCGAUACGGGCCGUUUUUGGGGAAGUGGACGGAGCACGUCAAAGAUCCCGAGCUGGCAUGGGAGGUCAUAUCUGAGAGAUCUUCUACAAGGGGAUGGCUAGAUGCCGGGGAAAUAGGUAACUGGCUCCGGCUAGUCAGAGUGGCAGGGUCGCCUACCUACGGCAAUCUGCGGCACCUCCUGUUAGCAGGACAGAUUUUCUACGAAACGCUGAGGGACAUCGGCCCUUCGGAAGAACUCCUCCUAGUGAGGAAAUCGGUCAUCGACCUUGACGCUGCUUUCUCCUUAGAUGACCCGCUGCAACUCGGGUCACCUCAGGACCGCUCCGAGAACACCGGCGAGGAGGACGACAAUGACAGUGACGACCUGUCCAGGCACCAGUGCCUCCAGUGCGACAAGAACUUCAACGAUUACGACGAAUUGGACGAUCAUCUAGUGACGGCCCACGGAUACACCGCAGGUCAAUUCCGCUGCGAAUACUGUCCCCGGGCGUUUGCGUGGAGGCCGAAUCUAUUCCAGCACAAGACGAUCCACGGCGAAUACAAGCGCUACCCCUGUGAAAACUGCCCCAGAGUCUUCACGGAUCCCAUCAUCCUCCAGAGGCACAUUCGCACGCAACACGAGGGAGCCCGUUCGCACGCGUGCCGCGAGUGCGGGAAAACCUUCGCCACGAGUUCGGGCCUGAAGCAACACACUCACAUCCACUCAUCGGUGAAACCCUUUCAGUGCGAGGUCUGCUUCAAGGCGUACACCCAGUUCAGCAACCUCUGUCGACACAAGCGCAUGCACGCUGACUGCCGACUCCAAAUAAAAUGUACGAAGUGCGGCCAGGCCUUUUCUACGGUGACGUCCCUGGCCAAGCAUAAAAGAUUCUGCGACACGGCCCCUUCAUUAACUAUGCCGCCCGGACCGCCCUCAAUGUCUGAUAAGCUGUCUCACCACUCAGGCUUACCAAUCGGUACCAUCCCCUCGUCGGCCAACCCGUUCAUGAUGUACCCGAGGCCGCCGUUACCUCUCUUGCCUACCUCCCUUUUGCCCGGGUACUCGAUGUUCCACAACCUCCCUUCACUUGUCGGUGGGCCAAGGCACCCGCUGCUAACUUCCCCAUUGCUCCUACCCUUUCAAAGCACCCAGAACCACAACCAGCAUUCCAUCCCUGUCAAAGAUAAGAAAGAUCUGCCCAACUGUGGCAGCCAAAGUUUAAAACUUUCUCCACGCCUAGACCCUCCCGAUUCACCAAUCCCGGAGACCAUGUCACGGCCAAUAUCACGGCCCUCGUCAGCUCCAUGUUCUCCAAAAAGAAACCCAACACCAACAGGUAAAACUUCUCCAGACAGAUCUGAGUCCAGUGUGGUAUCUGAUGCUGCCCCACCUGACAUGAAAGAGGCCAGUGAAAUCAAAGAGGAACCAGUCAAGAAAGAAGAAAGUAACAGAAAGCUAAGGACACCCAGGGAGAAGAGAGAACAGCCUCUGGACCUGACUCUGAGGCGUGCGGAAGUUGAGAGCGACUUGCUGCUGGCAAGAUUAGGUCUGUCGCAGGGCGACUCGAAGGAGCCUACAAGGUUACCGUCUCCAGACUCGCUCGAGGCGAAGUCGCCCGAAGGGCCGAGAUCCCGUCCUGAUCACCCUUUUCUCAGAAUCAGUGACUUGCUGAAGGAUACCAAUCCCGUUUCGGUCAAUCCAACGCCAACCCAACCCCCGCCUCUGUUAGAUUCGCAGAGUAAGUUACCUCUGGCGUAUCCAAGGCCGUUACAUCCUGUGACCUUGCUCGACAUGUACCGAAACCUUGACCACAGUCUGGAGCGCAGUCCCUUGCUCCCAGGGUGUGGUGGACUGCCAACAACCAACAGGUACCCUCUCUUGCUCCCUUACUUUCCGCCAACAAGUAUGGGAGGGUUGGGGAUGGGCAUGAAUCGCGCCACAGGCUUGGAUAUGCUCAAAGCCCACAUGUCUAACUCAGGACGGUCUUUCGGCGACACGGGGCGACCUUUCGGAGACAUGAACCGUCCCUAUGAUCUGAUGUCCUCCCACGUGCCGCGCCCCAAGGACCGAUAUGCGUGCAAGUUCUGCGGCAAGGUGUUCCCGAGAUCGGCCAACCUGACCCGGCAUCUGCGAACUCACACGGGAGAGCAGCCUUACAAGUGCAACUACUGCGAGCGGUCCUUCAGCAUCUCGUCCAACUUGCAGCGGCACGUGCGGAACAUCCACAACAAAGAGAAGCCCUUCAAGUGUCCGCUCUGCGACCGGUGCUUCGGCCAGCAGACGAACCUAGACCGGCACCUGAAGAAGCACGAGAUCGAAGGUCCAAAUCCGCCAGACUCACCAGAGGUGCCGGAUUCCAGCAACAUGUCGCUCAACACGUCGACGAACUUUUUCAGCGACGAGAUUCGCUCAUUCGUGGACAAAGUGACGGACUCGAUACCAGACAGUAUUCUAGUGGGAGACCGACCCUUGCAGGAUCCCAGGGAGGUCUCGACGAGUGACAGUAUUAGCGCAGAGUGCAUAGUAAAGAGAGUGCGAGUGGAAUGAGAACCAAUAGUGGGAAGGACAGAAGCAAUGAAUGGAAAAGAUUCUUGAGCCUUUCAGAUACAGACAGUAUCCAUGAGACUUAUAAUAUAACUACUACUACUCUGGUCCUUGGUCUAAGACAGGCUGGGUCCUGAGGAGUAGAAGUCUCGUGGACCAACGUCGCUUUCCCCAGGACUGAAAAGAGCCAGGUUUGACAAAGCUCAUCAUCAUGGUGCCAACUUCGAAGCAGUAGUUAGAUGAUACUUCUGUGGGUAGAGUCCUGUAUUCAACAUUAUUCUUCUUUUCUGAAAAAAAAAAAAAUAUCCAGAGCAAUAAUUUGGUGUCUGUUGUCGAAAGAACUAUAGGUUGUUACUUUUGGAAGGAAAAUGUUCUUAGAAAUCUGCAUUUUUAUUUUCUGGUCAGGACCCAGAAUUAGGUCAGUGAUGGAAGAGUAGUGGGUCAGAAAUUGGGUCAGGAAUAGACUUUUUCUGGUCAGGACCCAAAAUUAGGGCAGUGAUGGAAUAGAAGUGGGUCAGAAAUGAGGUCAGGAAUAGACAGACCCUGCACGUCUGAAGGAGUGUCCCUGAUUUGCUUAAUUUUGCCAAUAAAAAUGAGAGAAAAAACUAAAGAUAUUGUUGAAGACUGAUUAAUGGAACUCUGCUGUUUAUAGACAUUUAUAACCCGUUUGUAAAAUGAGUGUUUGUUUGGUGUGACCUUAGAUUUAAAAAAAAUGGAAAAACAUAUUUUCAUGAUGUGAUUCAAACAGUUUUUUUUUAAAUUGACCACAAAACUUGCAACGCCAAAAUCACGAUCUGAUUGAGCACUGUUGAGGUGAGCUACACCACGCAGCUGAUGUUAAUUUGUUUGUUAACUUCCAGCUAGAAUAUUCUUGUCCACUGAGGAUUUCAAAUUCAUUAUCAUAGGCACUUUUUCCAUUAUCAUUAUGAACCCAUCAUGAAAAUCAAAUUCAUUGUCCAUCAUUAUUCUCACAUUAAACUAAAUUUUAAUUCAUUGUUUCAUACAGCCCUCAUCACACUCAUCACACAGUUUGUUUGGUGCUUAUAAAAUACAAUGUCAUUGUAAUAAGGUUGUCCAAUUCUUUUCACAAUUUCUAUUUUCGUCUCAUUGUACCACUCAGGGUCAUUACAGCUUAUUGAAUUCAUUACAAUGAUCUGUUGUUUAAGCCUUUUUUUAAACACACUUGGUUAAAUUCAUUGAUGCUUGUGGAUAGGAUUCUGUG